GGUAGGCUCGAGGAAAGUCACCGUUGAGACACACAGCAGAAGGGCAAUAGUGAAAAACAGAAAUGUAGACUACCUAUAAUUAAUAUGAAUCAACCGAGCGGCAUUUCAUGAAAGAAACUGUUCAUUGUUGAGGAAUUCCGCGCAGCUCGCUGCCUAGCGCCAGCUGAAGCAUGAUGCAUCCAAAGCAGCACAGAACUGGCCUCGCCCUGCAGAGACGUCAGGCAGAUUCAGCCCCUCAGGGCACGCUGAGCACCGGCCUACUGCAGGGCUUCAUCCAGAGCGCCAGGCCUCCUUCCUUCUGCUUCCUGCUCCCCAGGGUCCAAGCAGCUGAUGUGGGCCCUGCACAGAUGCCCUCUUCUUCCUCCUCCUCUUCCUCCUCCACCAGUCCUGCUUCUCCACCCAUACCCUCUCCCAGCAGUAUGCCAAGCAACAUGGUCAGUCCAGAAUUCCCAGACACAGGAUGGGACCGCAUCAAGGACCUCUUUACUAGAGACGCGACACAGAGAUACCCAGAGGAGCUGACCAAUGUGAUAAAGAGCGGUGUAGUUGCUUCACUUGCAGGCUUGAUCUACGGAGGCCUGCCAGCAGCUCGAGAUGCCAGGCAGAGGUAUAUCCAAGUCAGCCAGGCGGAACUCUACACCAGCCGAGUGGACGCAGUGCGCUCAGCCCAUAAUGCAGCAAUCCGUGGUUUUGUGAGAUAUGGAUGGAGAUGGAGCUGGAGAGUGGCUGCUUUUGUCACCUUGUUCAAUUCUGUCAGCACAGGGCUGUCUGUGUACCGAGACAAGUAUACCCUGAGCCAUUAUGCUGCAGCUGGAGCUGUGACUGGAGGCCUUUUCAGACUGAACCUGGGCCUGGGAGGGCUGGUGGCGGGGACAAUCAUCGGAGCAGUGCUGGGGAUUCCCACUGGUGCUUUGAUCAUCAGCAUGCAGUCUCUGGCAGGAGAAGCUGUCCGAGAGAGGAGGAGGAGGCAACGCAGGGAACUCUAUGAGCUCAGACUUGAAGAAUGGACGGCACGUCUGCAGUUGACAGAUGAGUUUAUUGGAGAUCUGAGUGUCAGCUCUCAGGCGGAUGACACCAAUGAGGACAUGCAGAGGAUCCAGGAACUUCUCAGUUUACCACAGAAAGAGGAUUUGACCUGCGACUCAGGCAGCCAAGGACAGUAGCUGCCUGACUGCCUCGUUGAAGGUGGGACUUCACACAUCUGUGAGGAUAGAUUUCCCUGGACUCCACACACCUUCUCUUCUAACUGAAUGGAAACUGCAUCACAUCAGAAUUAAAAGACGCUAUUAUACAUCAGUAAUACUGUCAGUGUGCCCUUGAAUAGCUUCAGCUGCUCAGGAGGCGCUGGUUGUACUGGGCAGCUAGUGUGAGUGUGUGUACUUGUACACCUAUCUUUGUGAGGAUCGAUUUGAGUUUCAGACAUUGAGUGAAGGACAUUUUGGGAAAAUUAGGAUAUUUUGGCAACUUUAAAAUGGGAGCAGAGGAACACAGAUUUAGAAGUGACAUUUAAUAUUGGCUUCCAUAUUGUCAUUGUGAUUCUAAAGCUUUAAUUGAACUUCAUGUCUGGCUGAACGUUUUUAAGAAUGUAUUUGCCACUUCUACUUGAUUUUUACAUUAUACGGUAGUGAGUGACACAACUAAUGUGACCCAAAGUCAAUAUGACAAAGCUACAAUUGUAAUGGAAACAAUCGAAUAAAACAUCCUCAACUGAAAGAAGCGCACGUUCUCGCGUAUUGAGAUGAGAAUCUCAAAUUGAGAAAACUGUUAUCUCAGUACAAACGUCAAAUGAGGAGCCACGAUGAGCAUUCUUUUUAGAAACGUGUGUUGUGUAAAACAUUAAAUAAAUAAACCUGGUUUUAUUAUAUGCAUUUGAAAAAUAGGAAUCAGCUCCUGUUUUCAGGUAAGUAUCUUCCAGUAUUGGCUCAGUAUGAAUAAAGAAGCAAGUUGAAUAAAAUCUAUCUUUCCAAAAUUUGUUUUUGAAACCCUCAAAGUGCUCACACUGACCUGACCUGACCUCACAUUUCUUCACAGGAUUAUUUUUGUAGCCACUGUUGUUUGCUCAUUAUGUUCGCUACGGCCAAUGCUAACAAUUGUCACUUCAUGUCUAUUAGUGGCUUCUUUCUUGUCCUCGUGUCUGUGUGAUGU